GUCAAAAGGAGUGGAAUUCUUCGCAGUGCAAACACGACAAACUUGCUAUGUGUAUUUUUUCCAACUUCAUGCAAGUUGCGCUGCUGCUUCUAUGUAUAGCCAGAUGCCGCAGAUUUUUGUGUCCCCGAUGUGAAAAGCAGUACUUCAGUUGCCUCUUUGCUCCACACGGUGACGUAUAAAUUAAUUUCACAACUGCAACUGCUUGCUCUAUACAGCACAAUGAGCGGGCCUGUGGAUUUAGACGCUUUGGCCGAAAUUCCUCCGUUUGAACUCGAUAUGCCGCCUAUCAGCAACCUGCAGGUGCAUGAGGUUGUCAACAAUGAGCUCAUCAUUAAGCUCCGGCAAACUGAAAUAAGACUAAAACAAAUGCAGAGCUUUGAGGCUAAAAACGAGAGCCACAUUGCAUUGAGCGUGGCUGAAAUCCAAAAGCUGCAGCUGGAGAACAGCAUUCUCCGUUUGCAGAACAUGAGUGUGAAUGGCCAGCUGAAGGGCUUGAGCAGCUCGCUGGCGCUGUCCAACGCGACCUGCCAGCGCUUGCAGGAGGAGGUGCUCUCCUUGCGCCUUUCUCUGGAGAAAGCCAACCAGCUGAGGCUGAAUGCGCAGCGAGAUGUCAACGAACUCAAAUCAAAGUUUGAGGUGGCCAUGCAGGUGCAGGUCGUCUGCCUCAAGGGCGAGGACCAGGCCCGGGGACAGCUUAAUGCUGCCCUCAAGGAGCUGGAGGCCAUGAAGGAAGAGCUCGCCAACCAAAGUCAGCGGGAAAACGAUAAGUGCGUUCAAGAGUCUGCAGAAAACUUAAAGAAUUUAAUCAUCUGCGACUGAGAAUCCCUCGUUAUUUGUUUCCUAACUUUGUUCUUCUGGAUUUUCCAAUAAAUUGACUGAGUCGUUUAAUCCCUA